CAUUGGUGAAGGAAAACAAAUAAUCAAAGAAACCUAUGGAGUGAUAACACUACAAGAAAAAGGUCUAUUUAAGACCAACAUUUAGGGAUGAGUUAAUAAUUUCGUCUCUAAAAGUAUAUCUAUUGAGACGAGAUUAUAUUCCAGUCCUUAAUUGUGCAUCUUUUUGCAAAAGUAUAAAAUAUGGUCCUAAAAUAUUUUUAAACUAAAAAUUCUAAUAAAAGAAAUUUUUUACGUUUUCCCUGCUAAAAUAAAACAUAGGCGCCAAAUUUUUUUCUACUUUUCUAAAUCUGAUUAAUAAGGAACUCAUCAGAGAAAAACUUUCAUAUUCAAUAUUUUUCAUAAUUAUUUUUGUACGGCCUUUUCAAAAAUCUCUCAAUUAUAGUGUCUUCUUGCAUUUUCAGUUAAGAAUUUCUCAAUUGUAGUUUUAGAAAUCUCUUUAGUAACGGCGUCUGGCAAGAGGUUGCGCUCUAGUAAAAGACAGCAUCAACCGCACCUCAGCAUCAAUCUCUCUGUGAUUUGAUUAAGAAGAAGUUCUUUCCCUUUGCUUUUGCCAUAAACUAUUGAUUUUUGAAGUUGCGCAGCUUCCACAACAUCGAUCGUCGAUGACAGCCGGCUGGACCAACCCAUUGCUAAGACAUAUGGUUUAGGUAUAACUAAGGAAAGGAUUGCCUAAGUCCAUCUGAAGAAGUUAUUUCCAAAACUGAGGAAAAUCCAGUGGUUGAGAGCACCGAAGUUGCCGCUACACCCGAGGGAAGCUGUAACUGAAUCAUCUGAAGCCUCUUCUGCUGUGAAGGCUUCCAGUGAUGAAAACACCGAAAGUACUGAAGAUGAGACCUUAGGAGAUCAAGAAUCUGCUGAUGACCCUCCUGAGAUUAAGCAUGCGUCGUCUUCCGCUUUUCUACUAUAAAUCAGAUAAGACACUGCUUUACAAGAUAUGUUGAUUAUCAUCGUGUUCUCUUAUUUUAUGCAGACGAGAAGAUUAAGAGUCAUGCUAACCAUUACAUUGUCAGAGUUAGUGUAUGAAGUUCGAGUAACACAAAUGAAACCUGAUGAAACAGUAGAAGUAAGUGGUGAAGCUCGUCGUCUACGAAGGAUUAGCAGAAAACCUCUCGUCCUGGUAUGAGGUGAAAUUUAUUUCUGAGAGUCUUCUUAUGGCUCUUGAUGCCAUCCUUGGACAUGCACUUCUGUUCUCUAUUAUGAAUGUCGACAAAUAUAGAUAUGUAGCUGCAGAGAGCUUUUAUAAACCAGUGAUAGAAUUUUCUCCUGUACCAGAUCUUCAUAUAAUGUGGUUACUACAUCUUUGUGAAGCUCAUCAGGAAAUGCAGUCUUGGGCAGAAGCUGCUCAAUGCGUUAUUACUGUUGUUGGUGUAGUGAUGCAGGUUGCUAGCUUUGGUGGCUCGAACAUUAAUCUGUCUACCUGGGAGAACAUGAAGAACCCUUGUGAAUUAAUGUUUGCAAUUUAUAUUACUCAUACCGUGCACUCUCCUCCUUGUUGAGACCAUGUGUAUUCUCUUCCUGUUGCAUAAAGUUUAUAGUUUUA